CUUACAUGUUAAUUGUACACAUUACACAUAACAAGACGUGUGUGUCGUCUUACGUGUUUAUGUAUUGCCACAGAGUCCUACCACACCUAACUAUUUUUGAUUACUUCGUUAAAUUUAUAAUAAUUAUCUUCCGGCCCGCUAGAAACAUGAGUACCGAUGCAGCAUCUUCGCUAACUCCGUGUAUUAUUGGUACUAAACCGUCGAGAAUUAUAGAACUAAUUUUAACUGAUCGUGAAAAUAUGUGGCUUCCAAUUUUCAUGACGCUCCUGGCGGUUUCGGCGAUUGCUUUGAUAGUAAUAAGUAUUAAAGGCAGGAGAAGAAGGAUGUUAGGCAACCGAAUACCAGGUCCAGAAGGAACAUUUAUUUUGGGCUUAUUACCGUUGGUCUUACAAGGGGCUGAACAAAAAGUCAAAAGCGCAAAAGUCGUAUACCAAGCAUACGAAAAAUCUUUGUUUAAAGCUUGGUUGCUCAAUAAAUUAUAUAUUAUUCUUACUCGGCCCGAAGAUAUUGAAUUUGUUCUUACCAGUCCAAAAUUUCUAAGAAAAGCUAAGGAAUAUAUGGUUAUGCAACAAUCCAUCAUGGGACAAGGGAUAUUUACGAUUGACGACAUAAAUAAAUGGAAGGUUAACAGAAAAUUGAUGACUAAAGGUUUUAGUUUUAAACUAUUGAAAGAAUUUAUACCGAUAUUUUACGGAGAAGCACUCGUUCUUGCUGAAAUUCUCAGAGACAAUAGCAACUCGACAUCGAAAGAAUGUGACGUCAGCGGUCCUGUCAGCAUGGCUACGAUGGAAAUGAUCGGGAAAACAGCUUUGGGUGUCACGUUCAACGCUCAAAAGGGCGGCUGCAAUCGAUUUGUGGAAAAUUUACUAACAGCGAUGCACGCUUGGGAAUAUAGGAUGACGCAUCCAUGGUACUUGAGCAGUACGUUAUUCCAGUUUUCGUCAAUUAAACGAAAACACGACCGUAGUCAAAAAAUCAUUAAUGAGUUCACCGACGAAAUAAUAAGAACGAAAAUCGUUGAAUUAGACAAAUCGGGAAGCAAGAACGAUGUGAAUUCAAACGACGACGAAAAUGAACGAAAUACGGAGACGCUCACUAAAAUUUUUCUAGAGAACUCCCAUGAAAAUAUGUCUCUCGAGCAGAUACGAGAUGAACUUGUAACAGUCAUGAUUGGAGGACAAGAAACAACUGCUAUGGCAAAUGCUUGUGUGAUUUUCAUGUUGGCUCAUCAUCAAGAUGUACAAGACAAGGUUUUCAAGGAGCAGGAAUCAAUAUUUUCAAUCGGAGAUCGUAACAGGCCGGUCACGUACAACGAUUUGGUUCAGAUGGAGUACCUCGAACGGGUGAUCAAAGAAACUCUGAGGCUUUUCCCUCCGCUUCCAGUGUUCGGCAGAGCCCUGGACGAAGACACGACAAUCGGAGGUCACCUAUGCCCGGCCGGCUCCACGCUGAUCGUCAGCCCGUUGUUUCUGCAUUUGAGUCCGCAGCUCUACGGUGGCACAGCCCGUGGCCCGGAUGCAUUCGAUCCGGACAACUUCUUGCCGGAAGCCUGUCACGGGCGGCACCCGUACGCCUACAUUCCGUUCAGCACCGGACCCCGAAACUGCAUCGGUAUCAAGUACGCGAUGCUCCAGAUGAAGACGGUCGUGUCCACGCUGAUCCGCCACCAAAAGUUCCUACCGUCCGACAGGUGCCCGACGCCGGACCGACUGCGUCUCAUGUUCUUGUCCACGCUGAAGCUGGCCGAUGGCUGUUAUGUCAAAGUUGAGCAGCGGGUACCAGAGUAACCGGCUGCUGCCCUGACUGCCACAUUUUAUACCAUAGCGUGCAUACCGAGCUGGUCAAAAACAUAAUGUUAUAAUCAAAUCGAGUUAUCACUUUCUCAGCUACGGCGUUUGUCUUGUCUUGCUUUUAUCAUGAUCUAAUUGACAGCUGUAACCAUGAUAUAAUCCACUAACCAUUUUCAUCUAUUUGGGCAGAGCUCAACUUUUAUACACGACAUGACAGACGACGGAACUCUGAACUUGGCUUUACUAUUAUUAUCAGUAUCGUUUUUAUUAUUAUUAUUGUAAUUAAAUUAUGUUUUAUUCCUGUACCAUGUUCGAGAUAAUAAGCCUACGACGAAGGUCCGAUGGACUGACCGCGAUAAUAGUAAAAUAUUUAACGGUGAAGGAAUUUGCGACCAAAACCUGCAGUAGUAAUAUCCUCCACCUAUGGUUAUUUAGUAUUAUUAUUAAAAAUAAGUAUGUGGCAUUGCAUUAGGUUAAGUAAAAAGUUUGGCGUUUUUUCUGAACUUAAAACCAUGGUGUUUAACAAUGGCAUUAUUUUCAUAUUUCAAUAUUUGAUAUAUGUAAUAUUAUAUUCAUACUUUUUAUGGUUAUUUUAAUAUUUAUUGAAAAAUCAUUUUUUUAUUAGAAUUAAGGCUUCAACUAAUAAGGUUAUUAAGGAACUGUGUUGGGGGGAACGAUUGGUUGGAACACGUUUGUAUGUGUGACAAGGAUUUUGUUGUUAAAAUCCGAGAGUUGGCAACGAAAGCCUCAGAGCGAUUCAGCAGAUUGAGCACACCGCGCCACUGUAAAAUCAUUGUAUUAAUCAUAAUAUACUCGUAUUUUUCAUGUUUGUUAAAAAUAAUAAAAUUAUUUUGUUUGCGUAAGAAAAUUUUGUUUUUUUCG